CGAUUUCUGUUAAGGAAAUAUAUAGAGGAUAUUGAAUGAGUGUAGUUUAAUACUAAAUUUAUUGAACGAGUUGAAUAAAAUCAUAUUAUGCCAGCCUCUGGCGAGCAUAAUAUUGUUUUAUUCAACGAGUUUAAUAAAUUUAGUAUUGAAUCUACACGAAUAUAAUAUUCUUUUUAUCACAUUUAUAAAAUAAGAACAGUAAACUGUUAAAAUGAGUAAUUUUUCAACGACGCGUCUAUAGAGUAACGCUAACAUUAGCGCUUUAACGCUAUGUUUAUAUAUAGCGCAAAUGACGUCACAUCAAAGUGUUAUUACACUAGUGUAAUAUCGUUUUUAUUAAAUGGCUUUAUUACACUCCUGCACCGCGGUUUAUGUGAUAUAUGGCAUUUCUAUAUGACAGGACAGUAGCCUCUUUUAACAAUUUCUAUAUUACAAUGCUAAAUAGAAACGAAAUAACUAAUACAUGUGAUCAAUAAUCCUCUUAACAACUUUAAAAGAAUAAUGAAAGUUGUGAAAAUCAAAAUACAAAGUUCAUGCAUACAUUCAUGUACCUUUUUAUCUGUUACGUGUUGUCUGAUUUUAAAUACUUUGACUGGUUUCAUAGCAGUUUCGUGUCCCAAGCAGUUUCCCGGCCCUUUAUCAUUUUUGUAGACAUUUGUUUUCUAAACAUCACUGCAGUUGAAACAGUACAGCAAUUUAUAUGUUUUGAAGUUUUUCCUGUUGUUUAAAGUUACCUUAAAGAACUUGUGACAUUUAAAAAUCAGCAACUCCUGAGGAAUUCUAGUUUGAAUGCCCAUGCACAUUAAUGAAUAUCCCAUUUCAGAUUGAUAUGGCAGAAAGAAGAACACAGAUAUCACUAGCAUUUGCUGGUGGUGUGGCAGUUGUGGUGUUGUGGGAAGUGAUAAGAAAGUGGAGAAUUCACAGAGGGGUGGCAAAAAAGAUUAAAUGGAAGCAAGAACAGUGCAAGGCAGCAUUUGAUACAGUGGAACAAGACUUAAGAAAAGCUCAAGUACCAGCUGAAAAGAUUGCCAAAAUUUUGGACCUGUCAUUUACCGAGCUUCAACAGCAGUUACAAGAUGGAACCCUGAAAGCAGUAGAUGUGCUCCAUGCAUAUCAGAGUUGUGCAUUUGAAGCAAAUGAGAGAGUAAACGCCAUCACGGAACCUCUUCUAGAUGCCGAGGCCAUUGCAGAGGCUCUUGACAAACAGACAUCGGAGAAGAAACCGUUACACGGUAUACCAAUAAGUCUUAAAGAAAGCUUCUAUAUAUCUGGUCUCGACUGUACGGCAGGACUCGGGCAUUUCCUGCAAAACCCAAAAACCUAUGAUGCUGUGUUGGUUCAGGUAUUAAAAGGUUUAGGUGCUGUUCCAUUUGUGAGGACAAACAUUCCACAAACAAUGAUGAUAUAUGAAUGUUCAAAUCCAAUCUACGGUCAGACAAACAAUCCCUAUGAUUUAUCGAGAGUUCCAGGAGGCUCGACAGGGGGAGAGGGGGCCCUACUGGGUUCUAAAGCAUCAAUCAUUGGGUUUGGAAGUGAUAUUGGAGGAAGUAUAAGAGUACCGUGUCAUUUCUGUGGAUGUUACGGCCUGAAAACAACUCUAGAAAGAUUGAGUCGGAAAGGUCAUAUAUCUCUGUCUAAAGGUCAAACGCUAGUUUCAGGUACUGUGGGCCCUAUGACCAGAGAUUUUGAAGGUCUUGUUUUUGCGACAAAAGCAAUUUUGAAUGACCACCAUUUCCAGCUAGACCCAGCAGUACCACCAAUAAAGUUCCAAGAGGAGAUAUACAGAAGUAAACGACCGUUGACUAUAGGUUUCUACACGUAUGACGGGUAUAUACAAUCUGUACCAGCUUGUGAGCGGGCAGUCAUGAUGGCAAAGAAAGCUUUAGAAGCAAUGGGACAUACAGUUAUAGAUUUUGUCCCACCUAGAGUUACAUACAUGGUGCCAUAUCUUUAUGUUAGAAGUGUACAAGGAGAUGGUGGAAGAAUAUUUACGUCUCAAAC